ACCAUAACAUAUUCAUUCAUCUCCAUAAAAACACACACACUCACUAACACAAUUGAAUUGCAUUUCCUCUAUCAAAAUUUCCAAAUCAUGGCUACCUCAAUGCUUGUUAAGAUCACUUGUUUGUCUGUGAUAUGCUUGGUUUUGGCCAUUCCAUUAGCCAAUGCUGCCAUUGCUUGUAAUGACCUGCUAGAAACUUUAUAUCCAUGCGUUGAGUUUAUUACGAGCCCCGGUUUCUCUGAUCCCUCUUCACCAUGUUGCGAUGGGAUUAAGCGUAUAAAUGACGAAGCUAUAACUACCCUUGAUCGUCAAAAUGUUUGCAAAUGCCUCAAACCCGUUGUGCCCGUCUUACCUGGACUCAAUCCUGAUAACUUUGCUACCCUCCCUGAUAAGUGCGGUGUCAACUUACUGUUCUCGAUCAGUCCUCAUAUGAACUGUAACAAGAUAAACUAGCAGGGCUUGCACUUGAUGAAUGAAUAAAUAUUUGGUUUGUGGUGAUAACCAAAAGAGAAUAAAGGAAUUGAAUUAAUUUCUCCGACUGUAACCAAAUCCCAACUGGGGAUCUAUCUACUAUGUAUUUUGAUCAUAAUAAUUAAAAUAAAGGACAUUUGGAUCCACUGUUAUCUCUCAUGA